UUUGUAAUGCCUAAAUAAGUUUAUAUAUUGUGUUUAGCUUAUUUGUUUUGUAGCUUGCCUUUUAAUCUCAGUAAGUUCAAUUACCCUUAAACAUAUACACAACAAAACUAAAGCACAAAAAAGAUACACCGUUUUUGUUCAGUAAUGGAGUCAGACGAAGUAAAAAGUGUGGAUGGAAUGCCCGAUUGCGCCAAGAUGCGAUUAAACGAGAUAGAUCCAAUAACACGCACUUUGAAAUGCGUAAUAAGCGAUCUGGAGAUCUUUGAUGUUGACGAUGAGGUCAGCUUCUCAUAUGUCGAAGAGAAGGAGGAGGAGUCUUAUGAGACCUCCGAAAUGGUUACAGAUGAUGCAGAUCAGGUUGUUCACGAUAUUGACUGUCUGAUCCGACAGAUUGAACUUAUGCAGCUAGCCAUCAAGAGGCGUCAGAUUAUGCAGAGUAGCGAAAAGGUCAGUGAAGGUCAGCCUGAAGAACAACCGAAGGUGACCCUGACCAAGUGCCAAAUGAAUUGCAAGGAGUUGGAAACUCAGGAAAAGGACUCUGAAACACAGGCCAAAUCUGCACUCAAAAAGGAAAAGUUUCUUCCGCUGAGCGGCAAGGAAUUACUGGAAGCAAGGAGCCUUCGCCAAGCCCACCAUUGCAUUCAAUUGGAAAUAGACGAAGUGAUCUGUAGAUAUCGACAGUUCCGCGAAAUCAUACCACAAAUGCGUGAUAAAUUUCUCAGCAUGGAACUCCAACUGCAGGACCUGAGCUCCAAGACUCUUGAGCACAUCGCUUGGACCCAUGAUGUGGGCAAGGAGUUGAAGGUAUGCAAGGAAAGGAACACAUUCCUCAUCAACGCCAAGUUGUCCAAGCAGGAGGCAAUCAAAACAGCCAAGGUACAUGUCGCCCGAUUCUUUAAAAAGAAUGAUGCCUAUCUUAACAAAAAUCGCCUGAGGCGGGAAAUAUUUGACUUCAGCGAGGAGGUGAAUGACCUUGUUGUUUAUAUGGGUGAGCUGCACAAAGUACUGAAACGAAAUUUGGCUCUACUCGGCACGCCACGCAUGAAGCAACUGGAAAGAUCAACGGAAUUUCUAGUUUCUAUUGCCCAAUCAGCAAGCCUCUCCGAUACGUUCUCGGAUUCGCGAAAACAGUUUGAAGCCUACGAGAUGAACUAGAAUUCACUUUGAGGGAAUUACCAAUAUAAUUUAAUAUUCGUAGCGAAUCAUUGUCUUGCUGAUAAUAAAAUUUAAACGUAUUCUUGGCACUAGAAAAAUAAACACAAGAAAUGUAACAGUAACAGCAGGACGCCCUUUAAAUCAAAUUCCAAUGCAAAGAGCAUACAUAUAUGUUUGGAAAUUAAUUAAAAACACUGUAUUCCGUAUAUUCCAGCACCUUUCCCAAUGACUUUCUACCGUAUCCGUCAUUAAAUGGUCGUCGCCUUUGCCUUCGCCUUCGCUGAGUUACUCUCACGUUUCGCUGCACUGGGGCAGUGGUGCAACGUAAGCUCUAUUUGCCCAACGGGUGCUGAAAACAGAGUGCAUUCGGUUUCGUCACGAUCCAAGCACACCCUGCAGUGCCAUGUGAAUUUGCGGCGUUAGCUUCGAGGCGGCGCGUCAUGACCCUGACCAUAGACAAAGUCGCGGAAACGCCGAUUGCACUCAUUUCUGUAGGGGAGAUGUAGGGGAUAUAAAUGCACUCGGACAAGUCGAUAUUGGACUUUAACACUUGUUCUAGAAAAU